UCAGAUUUAAACUGGCACUACAGUUAGGACAGUGAACACAAAUAUACCAGUGAAUACCAAAAAUAAAAAAAAUCGUUCAAUAUAAUUGUUUAUUAAAAUGGCUCCUAAAGAUUCGAGUUAUAUUGAGUGGGCUCAUAAAACUGCAGCAGAGAAGAAAACACAUGUUAGUUUCCCACAAUUAAAGUAUCCCUCGCUUAGAGAUGGAGGGUUGAGGGACCCCGUACAAUGGUUGGAAGGAAAAGCAAUGGAUGAUGGUGCAGAAGGUUUAUGGAGAAUACGGAACUCUCUUUAUGAUUUCUCCGAAUUCUUAGAAAAACAUCCUGGUGGCGCUGAGUGGUUGGAACUUGCUAAAGGAACUGACAUUACAGAAGCAUUUGAGUGCCAUCAUUUCAAUCCUGUGGUGGAAAAAGUUAAAGACAAAUACUAUGUUAGAGAUGCUAAAACUCCAAGAAACUCUCCAUUUACAUUUGAAGAAGAUGGUUUUUACAGGACUUUAAAACGGUCUGUAGCUGAAGAGCUAAAGAAAAUUCCAGCAUCUGAGAGAAAACGAUCCACUUUGAUCAUUGAUGGCCUUUUUGGAACGUUACUAUUUUCAUCGGCUUUGUCUUGCUGGGCCACAAAUUACUGGGUUGUGAUGGUCUCUUAUUUAGUAGCAUCUCUCACUCUAGCGUGGACUACGGUCGCGGCCCAUAAUUACAUUCACAUGAAGACUAAUUGGAGGAUGUAUCUUUUUAAUUUAAGCUUAUGGUCCUACAGGGACUUCAGAGUUUCACAUGCACUCUCUCAUCAUGUUUACCCGAAUACCUUGAUUGAUUUGGAGAUCAGUGGCUUCGAGCCCAUUGUGACUUGGAUUCCUAGGAAAAAGCCUGUGUUUGCAAAGUUCACUCUACUGAUAGAAACUGUUGUGUUUCCAUUUUUGUUCAUACUAAACUUUAUAAAGAGGUUUAUCAGCAAUUUCAUCCGUAAGGGUUUCUUCACCCGCCACUACAGGUGGCAUGACGUCAUAGGUCUCCUUCUUCCAGUCUGGAUGUACCUUGCAAGUGGCUGCACUUUCUACCACGCCUUCAUUACCUGGUUAUGGAUUAACUGCACUGGAAGCUUCAUCUUCUUUACCAUUGGAUCUAACGCUGCUCAUCAUCAUCCAAAUAUUUUUAAAGAUGGCGACCAGUUGAAAGAAAAGACUGUAGACUGGGGCAUGCACGAGCUUGAAGCUGUUAUGGACCGCAACGACAUUAACGAUAAUUUCUUUAAAGUGAUGACGUUCUUUGGAGACCAUGCAUUGCAUCACCUAUUUCCAACAUUAGAUCAUGCUCUCUUAAGGCACUUGUACCCUGUGUUCUUAAAACAUUGCGAAGUAUUUAGGGCUAACUACAGAUUAACGUCACAAUACGAUUUCUUCAUUUCUCAACUUAGAAUGGCGGUGAAAGAAGAUCCAAACGUUUUGGACGAAUCGUCCUAAAAUUAUUGUUGUUUAAAUUAAGUUUGCAUAAACAAAAACCUAAUGCAAUCGUGUUAUUUUAUUCCCAAAAACGAUAGUUAGUAAUAGGGUAGAUGACUAAUUCGUAUUUUAUUGUCCGUCUGGUAGAUUAUUCAAAUAAAAAUCUUACUCCUACUUACUCUUACUCUUAUCUCCGGUAACUUCGGCUCACUCAUACAACGAAGUAAAACGCAAGCUAUGUUCCAUGUCGGUUUACUGUGAGGCCGUGGUAUCCGAUCGAGCCGGCCCAUUUGUGCCAAAGCAAUGCGACAAUCCAGAAACUCAUGUAAGUGUGGGAGAGAAGUUCCCACACUUACAUGAGUUUCUGGAUUGUCGAUAUUUAUAGUAUAAUAUGUUCACCUAGGCAAAAUGAUUCGACUACUGAGCUAGUACUUUAAAUUGAAAACAAAAAUCGAUGAAAUCUCAAGCAGCGAAAUAAAUUAAAUAUUUCAAUAUCUACUGAAAA